CCCACGCCCUCACAAUUGGAAGUCUCAACCGAGAGUGAGAGUGAGAGUGUGAGUGUGAGUGUGACUGCGACUGCUACUUGUGUUCAUCAAGAUUUCCUCAAUUGUGCGGUGCGGUGAUGGCUCACGUUUCCGAUUCCGAUGCUUCAGUUCUCGCCGGCGACUGCUUCACCAACUCACAAGAACACCUCGUUCUUGCUGCUGCUGCUGCGGAGGAGGAACUGCUCCAAGUUAAGAAGAAACAACUCCUCGACGAACUCGAAUCUGCUCUCGUCACACCCAAAGACACCGUCAAAUUGCCACUGCCACCGAUUGCUAUGCCCAAUCCCGUUCCCGUUCGACCUUCCUUGGGCUUAGGGAUUGAGGUUAUCGACGAAACGGCAUUGCUGGAGACCAUUCCCAGGAAAAUCACGACGGCGGCUUCAAAGAACGCAAGAAGAAGGGCCCCCGGUAAAGGAGGAGAAGGAGGACCCGUCAAGAAGCAGAUCCGUCAUCACAAGAAGACCGUCACGGCGGAGGAGAUACCGGUUCUGAGGAAUAGCGAGGCCAAGGGUGGCAAGUACUCGCGGAAGGACAUGAUGGCGCUGAGGUUCGUCAAUGUUGCGGGGCAGCGAAGGUUCUGGAAGACCAUUUACGCCAACCUUGAAAGCGGCGUGGCUCAGGAGUAUGAUACCUUGGCGGUUAACGUUCACCAUCUUCCAUGCCUUCCUAACAAGAAGCCAAUCCUCGGAGCAGAGUCAUGUGAAAACGUGAGUCCUGUUGACCCUUCUUGUAGUCAUAUGGAUGAGGAUGGGCACUCAGUCUUAGAAGAGCGCAAUGAAGAUGAUGAUAGUGAAGAUGAAUAUACUAGCAUCCAGAGGCCUGCCUUUUAUGUCGAUGGAGAACCUAAUUUCGAAUCUGGUCCACCAGAAGAUGGAUGGGAAUAUCUUAGGCGUGUCAGGUGGGAAGCAGGUCAAAUUCCAAAAGUGAAGGUAGCAAAACUGGACAGAUGUAAACUUAACAAGGAACAAAGUGCUUACAUGCCCAAGAUUCCCGAUGUUGCCAAGUGUCCUGAGCAUCUGUUGCCAUCGAAACAGUGGGAGGAUGUAUUUCUUGCUGAGUUUUCAUCACUGAGAGCGAAUCUCUCAUGUCUUGAAGGUUCAAGUGUCAUGGAUUCCAGUAGUCUACAACCUGUUCAUUCCUCCCAAUUAGUUGGGAACAAUUGUGGAGAAUCUGCAAGUGUUAUGAACCGAGAUGUCCUACAUAGCAUUGAUAAGGCAAUGGAUCAACUUACAAUUAACUUGACAGGUGAAGUUAAAGAUACAACACAGCCACUGAAGACAGGAUCAAAAACUUCCAUUGAUCAAACUACUCCUCCUUUGCUUUCUGUAGUCUUAGGAAUGGACUCUGUAGCCCGCGUAUCGAUGUUGCUGAAACGAAUUAGCUUGCUCGAAUCUGCAAACACUAUCACAAGAAAUGAUUGCAUGUGGCUUUUUGCUCUCUGUGCAACAGUUGAUGCUCCACUACAUGCUGACACUAGUGCCGCCCUCAGGAGUCUGCUGCGGAAGUGUGCUAGCAUUCGUGCUGGAAAGGCUGGACUAGACGAGGAGGCUGUGAUGUUGAAUAUACUAGCUACUAUUUCAGGGAGAUAUUUUGGACAAUCUGAAACCUGAAUUCCCAGUUUGUAACUUUAUUACGACGCCUUAUGUUUUUCGGAUUAUGUAUGAAGAAUUUAUUUAUCCUA